AUGGAGGAUCGCUUCUCUUUUCUUGCUGAGUGGUAUGACCCCGCUGCAGCCCUCCUUCGGCGCUAUCAACUCUUCUACUAUCCUAAAGAUGGGUCGGUGGAGAUGUUUGAUGUGAAGAACCAACGUAUAUUUUUGAGAAAGACCAAAUACGAAGACAUUCAUCAAGAAGACUUGUUUGUGGGGAAUCGAGUGAACGUGUUCUCACGGCAGCUACAUCUGAUCGAUUAUGGAGAUCAGUACACAGCAAACAAACUGGGCAGCAAAAAAGAAAGAACUCUCGCUUUGAUAAAGCCGGAUAUGAUGACCAAGAUUGGAGAUGUCUUUGAGUUAAUAUACUCCUCUAACCUGAUUGUGACCAAAGCGAAAAUGACUAAGCUUACAUGGAGCCAAGCGGCAGACUUUUAUGCAGAACAUCAGUCGAAGCCUUUCUACAAUAACCUGGUGCAGUAUUUGUCCUCGGGCCCGGUGGUUGCCAUGGAGCUUAUGGGUGAUGAGGCCAUGUCUAUCUGGAGGAAGCUCCUGGGACCCCCUGACUCCACCGUGGCACAGAGGGAGGCACCACAGAGCGUUCGCGGCCAGUUUGGAAAAGAUGGCAUCAAGAAUGUCGGCCAUGGCUCUGACUCACUGGCAGCAGCAGCAAAAGAGCUUGAAUUCUUUUUUCCCUCCACCAUUGGCCACGGCCCUGCCAACACAGCCACCUUUACAGACUGCACAUGCUGCAUCAUCAAACCUCAUGCCAUAUCGGACGGCUUGACGGGGAAGAUUCUCAACUCCAUAUAUGCGGCUGGAUUCGAAAUUUCAGCUCUUCAGAUGUUCAACAUGGACCGGGCAAACGCCGAGGAAUUCUACGAGGUUUACAAAGGCGUGGUGGCAGAGUACGCUAGAAUGGUGACCGAUCUGUGCUCCGGUCCCUGCGUGGCGCUGGAGAUCCGGGGUACGGACACACACAAGACCUUCAGGGACCUCUGCGGGCCUGCUGAUCCCGAAAUCGCUCUGCAUCUUCGUCCAAACACGCUGCGGGCCCUCUACGGCAAGGACAAAGUGAGGAACGCCGUCCACUGCACGGACCUCCCCGAGGACAGCGUCCUGGAGGUGGAGUAUUUCUUCAAAAUUCUGGACGGAUAA